AAGAAAAAAAACAAUAAUAUGAGAUAAUACGUGCGAAUUCAUUUCUUGCCAUAUUAAGGCGUGCCGGAAUAUACAAACCACCAGCAAUCAACCAGGUGGUAGUCAUACAUCAAGGCGGUAAAAAGAGCAAUCAACUUUGUCCAGAUAUGGUAGAUUUGCAAAGAGUGUGUAAAAAGCGCGUGCCAUGAGCAAUUGAAAAAGAAGGCAGUAAAAGUAUCUACCACCAUUCUCGCAGGCGGCGCAGUGCCAUUUCGAAGUUCACUUCCAUACAGUAUAUCUGGGAUAUUGCUUGAACAGCAACUAUCAACCAAAUCAGUGACCAUAUAGCAAGCGAGCGAGAUGAAAAUAAAUGAGAAAAAUCUAUGCAUGUUCGCUACAACUCCCCCAGCCGAUCUCGAAGGAUGGCUAAACAAGCGAGGCGAGCUAAAUAAAAGCUGGCAAAGGAGGUGGUUCGUGCUGAAGGGUAAUCUGUUGUUUUACUUCGAUAAGCGCAACGACAGGGAACCGCUUGGCAUGAUAAUCCUGGAGGGUUGUACUGUUGAGUUAGCGGAAGAAGGUGAACAAUAUUGUUUUCAGAUCGUUUUCCACGGUCCGAACAAUCGUACCUACUAUCUGAGCACGGAAUCGCAGACAAAUAUGGAACAAUGGAUGAAAGCGCUCACGUGUGCGGGAUACGAUUAUAUGAAGCUUAUGAUAGCCGAACUGCAACGCCAACUAGACGAAAUUGAGGGGCAAUGCAAAGACCAGACGCCUGAAAGCACAACAAUUGCCCCGCCCAAGGCUCCUCCUAGACGGCAAAACCCGUUCAACAAACCAUUGACCACAGAGUACGCUUCGAUUGCAGAUACCUACGGCAACAGUGGUGGCGAAAGACCCGGCGCUAGCGGUACCUGCGACAAUGUUCCAUCAUCUUCCAUGCGCGUCGCCAGGAAGGCAUCGGCUCCGGAUCCUCCAGCACGGCAACCUACGCCAUACGAGUCGAUGGCAUCACCACCAGUACCGGAGCUGCCACCGGUCGGUACUGGGGCCUUUUCGAAAAGUUUUACCGCCUCAUCACCAUUCAAACCGUUGGAAGCAUCGCCGAUCGAUGGACCCUCUGGAGCCCUAUUGCAUGUUAGUGAGGAUCUCGUACAGGACCCGCAGCAACCCCCACAUCCUAUCAGUCGCCGGAAGGCUGUAACUGGAACGAAAUCCAGUGAUGCCAUUGCAAAUAUGGCCACGGUAGUGCAUACUUCCCGCAGCACCGAAGGAAUCGACGGUAGAACCGCACAGCAGGAUAUUAAGCGUGGGCCAGUCGCGUCGUUCUCGUUUGAGACGAUGCAUUCCACACUUGGUGUGCCGGUUAUAGCCGAUCUGACUAUGUGGAAUGCGAGCCGGUACAGGCAACAUGAUCCGGAAAAGACAGUUUACCUCGAGUCUGACUCGACGGUGGCUGAAGCGCCGCAUGACUAA